AACAAAUAUCCAGCUCAAUGAACACCCAAUCAACAACAAAUAUUUGUAUUGAUUUGUUUAAUCAAUACUCAUUGUAUACCCCAUCUCCUCUUAAUGGGUUAUACGAAUAUAUUGAACAAUGAGAUAUAUACAUUUAGUGCAUAACUAACAUAGAAACUUAGAUUACUUCGUGUUCAUUGUGGUUUAAUUGUAUUUUAGGAAAUUUUUAGGCAGUAUGGUAUUUGAGAAAUUUAUAUUCAAAGAUUAAGUGAAUACACAAAACGGAAUGUCAUACAAAAUUGAUUCUCUUCAUAAUUUUGUCAGUUGAAAAUAAUAAAAAGUUAGAAGAUACUGAGUAGCUGUUUCAUCGUAUUACGAAAACUAUUCUUUGGGACAACUUUGACUCCUUUCAUAGAGCCUCAUUUAAAACAUUGAGGCUAAAUUUAACAACCUAAUUCAAUGUUAAAGUUUAUCAUUCACUGAGUUCUAGUAAUGAAUCUUUAGUGAGAUCAUAAUUUAUGAACGACCAUUAAGCUAUGUGAAAGUGGAAAAUUCACCUACCUACUGGGAUUAAAAGAGGGUUAUAAACUAGCGUGGGGAACAAGAAUGGGGAUCAGGAGUCAGAAGUUAGGGUUAGGAAUAAGAGUUAGUGUUUUCAUCACGAGCUAACACCAGCUUUUACUAUGUUUGAAGAAAUUACGAAAUCAUCCUAAUCAGCGAAUGAAACAAAGGUUCAGCAAACAAUGACAAGACAAGCUAACUAUUUGGAAAUACAAUAUGACGGUGAAAAUGGAUGCUUUUGGCGCGAAAACAAGAAAUUCAAAUCUCCAACAUAAAAUUACAAAAAUAAGACUUUUAUCAAGUGAUUUCUGGGACUCUAGAAUCCUCAACAGCUAUAAUGUCCGAAUGUUAUAUAACUUUAUGAAUGAAUUGAUUUCGCGUCAUAAUAUGUCAUCUUUAAUCUCAUUGGUAUGUCCAUAAAUUCUAGUCUCACUGAAUAUUUCACUUGUAUGUAUCUUACUGGCACUUCAGCUGUUUGGAAUCUUAUGUGAAUUCAGGUUAUUUCGUUUUAACGGUUCAAGAGCUCAAAAGCUUGUGAUUAUAAGUAAUUUUAAAGUGGAAAAUUAAUAAAUCCCCGUAAUCCAGUUGGUGAUUUCGCUUUGAAAGUACUUGAAUGAAUUGGUCAUUGAAAGGGCGAUUAUGCAUUCAACCCGAAUAGAUCAUAAACACCGGACAUACGGAAGAAAAUGAGUUCUAUCGGUAUUGUAAAUACAUGCAAUUGGUAUAUCUUCACCAACAAUUAGAUUUUUCUUUUUCUUCUAAACGUUAUCAUCAUUAAAUUUGAUAAAACCCCAAUUUCUCUACAAUAGUUUUUUAUCGUACAGACUUAUACUACUUUUUUGUUUAAAGUAGCUAUAAAUGGUAUUUUGUCAUUUUAUGUUUCAGGGCUUUUAUACUGUAUACGCUAAAGUAUUUGCCGAUAUAACUGAAGAGGAGAAAUGUGCAGCUAAGUUUUCUGGUUGUACCAUAUCGUCUAGUGAAAGUGGUAGCGAUGAUGAUGAAGAUGACUGUAAAAAAUACUCUAGACGUAAAUCACGAAGUUAUCCACCUUUUGGUUCUUCCUCGAGUCCAUACAAGGAAGUUGUUGCUCCAUUCUAUUUAUUCUGGGAAAUAUUUGAAACAAAAAAAACAUAUACAUGGGUUGAAAAAUACGACACACGACUUGCAGAUUCACGUCAAGAACGUCGUGCAAUGGAAGCAGAAAAUAAUCGUAUGAGAAUGUCUGCAAUACGCAAGCGAAAUGAAGAAAUACGUCAAUUGGUAGCAUAUGUAAAGAAAAGGGAUAAACGUGUAAUUGCUGAAAAUGAACGCAUUCAACGUAUAGCUAAAGAAUCUCAAAAUCGUACUAAAUUAUUAGCCGAAAAAGCUAGACAGCGAGAAGCAGCCCAAUUACACGAAGCUUGGAAUGAUGAAAUUGCUUUUGGUGGAAUCGCAUCUCAGUGGUCGGAACAAUUUGAAGCUGAGAUAAAACGUUUAGAAGCAGAGCUUGAUGGUAUCAAUUUAGACGAUCCGCUACAGAAGUCUUCUAAAGCCAAUCAUGUUAUAACCAUUAAUAAUCCUCAUAAUUCUAUCGAUAAUGAAACUGAUCAUAUUAAUAAUAAACAAGGUCAGAAUACUGAUACUGAUGAUGGUGAUAAUAGUAAUGAUGAUGAUGAUGGUGAUAAUAGUAAUGAUGAUGAUGAUGAUCUUGUUCAGGAGACAAUUAAUGAUGAAUUAUAUUGUAUAGCAUGUGAUAAAUUAUUUGCUUCAAUCAAAGCAAAAUUAAAUCAUGAAUUAUCAAAAAAGCAUAAAAAACAAUUAGAAUUAUUAAAAAAAUUAAUUCAUGAAGAGAAUAAUAUUUUACAAGAUCAUUUCAACACUUUAUUAUUCAUGGAACAAUCUUCUAAUAAUCAUCUUAUCAACAAUAAUUCUAUGAAUAAUAAUAAUAAUAAUAAUGAACAAUCUAAUAUAAAAUUAACUAAACGAGCUAAAAAAGCUGAACGUCAACGUAAAAAACAAUUAGAAUUACAUAAUUCAUCAAUUUCUCAUUUGAAUGAACAAUCAAAUUCAAUAAUUGAAUUGAACAAAGAUGUGACAAAUGAUAAUAAUACUGAAAUUAUAAAUGAAACUAGUAAUUGUGAAUUAGAUGAUACUACAGUACAAUCAACAAUAAAUACCAAUAAUAAUUUAAACAAAGAAUCAUCUUUAAAAUAUUCUGAUCAAUCUACAAUAAAACAAAAUGAGAAAACAAUAUUAAAUUCUUCAAAAAUCAAUAAAAUUAUCUGUGAUACAUGUUCUAUAGAAUUUCAAUCAAGGAAUGCUCUUUUUAUUCAUUUAAAACAAUCAGGACAUGCAAAAUUAAUCAAAUUGAAUAUACCAUCAUCAUCAUCUUCUUCUUCUAAUACCAAAGAUAUUUCUAAUGAAAAUAGAAAAAAGUGUAAAGAAAAAAAGAAAUCAAAACGUUAAUUAUUAUACACAAAUUUUGUAGUAUUUAUUUGUUUAAUAUGAAAGAAAUUGUAUAUAUACUACUGAUUAGUGUUUUUAAUUAAAUAAGUAAUAUAUAUAUAUUGAUAUUUGUA